AUGCAGUUAAGCAAGAAUCUGUCCUCCUCCCAGCAAGCCUUAACGACGCCCCCAGAUAGCCCGACGAAGGAAACAGCUACGUCUCAAGCUAUCGUGGAGAAUCUGAAGCAUCUCUUUGUUGUGUUUCUUGAAAAGGUGCUCGAUCUUACCAAUCAGGAACCUCCAAACACUCCUGUCUCCUUGGACCAGUCUCCACCAGGCCCCGACAUGGUCCGGCGGGUGCUGGAAUGUGCUUCAGCUGAGCUUUCCAUGGCAAAUAAGCCUGCUCAGUCUUCUUCCGCAAGCGAUGAACAGGAAAAUGUUCCUAGGUCAGAUGGGUUUGAUCUUAAACAUCCCAUCUGUACAACACCAGAGGACUUCCAGUCGUUUGAGAAGUGGGCAUCUACACCCCAAUUUAAGACAGUCACGGAAACAUGGGACAAAGACGCUUGUAAAUACAAGAUCGCCGAACUGGUGGAGACCAGCGGUGGUGUGGACGACUAUGCUGGAUAUACAUUCGUUCUCCGUGAACAACGAAAUUCCGAGGAGGUGACGCCGUACAUAGACAUCAAAUCGGAAGGCCUGCGUGACAUCCUGCGUAUGGUGCUGCACGAUGUUAAGGCUAUUAGUCUGAUGGAGGACAAGCCAUCGAUCGAGCAAAACGUCCUAUUUCAUUUCCUCCCGGAGCUCGACAGAUGCGCGGAGAACAUGGACAACAGUUCGGACCACAGAUCGGCAGCGGCACAGCAUCUCCGUUUGCUCAUCAACCACCUUAAGCAAUCAUAUGCAGCUAUCUCACAGCGUCUCUCGUCAAUGUUGCAGCACGGUCAUAUUACUUAUGACCUUCUUUGGGCGCUUUUCAAGCCUGGCUGCUAUGUUUAUACCACAUGCCUUGGCACAAAGGAGCCGCGAUGUGUCAGAUUCGACGCGGGGGAGGAUAUAACACAAAAUAACGAGACGUGGUGGAAUCUCGAAUGCCGAUUCAUUGAUUAUGACGGAGUCAAGUUCGGCGAGGCCGGAAUAUUUCUGCGUGUGGCAAAGUUCCGGGGGUCAAAGCCGAUCGAGAGCCUUGAGGCCUUCCCUCUCCACUACCAUCCAAGGCACGAGCAAGCCAUGAAAGACUUGGUUGAAAGAGGCCAAAAAUUUCGGGAUUUAGCCGGCUCGCACACUCGGCACUGUAAGGGUAGCGCGUUCUUUAUGAACAAGGGAAAGGCUAUCAAAGUCAAUAUUAACAGUCGAGUCGCAGUAGACGCCGCAUUUUUUCAUGAAAUGCAGCCAAACUACUCACGACCGUCACUCCGCGAUCUAGGGGUCAAGGACAAGGGUGGGAUUGCAGUUUUCGAUAUAGGUGCUAAACUUAUGGAGGACCGCGAGCGAGAGAAGGAGAGGAUGCAAGGAGACGGUUUGGAUGUACAAAAGCUAAGCAAGACCGAUUUCUUGGUCGCCUGCCCAACAGUAUGCUGUUUCAGCUUCAAGGAGAAAAUGUUCUUGGAGUGCGCAGUCGGUGCUCUUGGGGACGUGGAUUGGUCACCUGAGUCGUUCGACUGCCUCAAGAUCCCUUCAGAGACCAAGACCAUCCUCUUGUCCUUGGCGAAAACCCGCCUAGGGAUGAUACCUACGAUGCCGUUCGACGACGUAAUUGAUGGAAAGGGCCAAGGAUUCAACAUUCUUCUAAAUGGCCCACCAGGAGUCGGAAAGACUUUCACGGUUGAGGCAACCUCGGAGUAUUUCAAGUUCCCACUCUAUUCGAUAUCCGUAGGCGAACUCGUUGUCGACCACGGAGAUUUCAAUGUGCUUGAGCAACAACUUGAAACAGUAUUCAAGAUCGCCAAACACUUUAACGCCAUUCUUCUCUUGGAUGAGGCAGACGCGUUCAUGGAGCAGCUUACAUCUUACCACGAUACCCACAAUCAACUAGUGACCAUUUUUCUCCGAAAGCUGGAAUAUCAUCAAGGAAUUCUUUUCUUGACUUCUAAUCGGGGUAUCCAGUUUGAUGACGCAAUUCUUAGCCGGAUCCAUUUGAUCAUUGGGUAUAAGAAAUUGACGAGAGAGUUUCGCAGAGAUCUCUGGUCAACUUUUCUGUCCAAGGCAUGUACGAUGCAAGGACCUGCUGUUAUUGAGGAGCACGAACUCCGACGAUUGGAGUCUUUAGCUCUGAAUGGACGAGAGAUCAAAAACAUCGCAGCAAUUGCACACGCUCUCGCUGAGGCUGACGUCAACCAGGUGAACUACAAAUACUUGGAGUUAGCUGCCGAAUCAAAUAAGAAAUUUUCAAAGGAAUUUGGCAGAGAGAGGCCUGCCGAUGGAAUGUAUGUCUAA